AGAGCCGGCCAGGCCACAGUGUGGACAUAGUCCCAGGCCGCUGUGGCCCCAGCCCCGCCUGUCAGGAUGAGCAGUUCAGAUGCGGGGCUGGAGGAGGAGCCAGAGCUCAGCAUCACCCUCACGCUGCGGAUGCUGAUGCACGGGAAGGAGGUGGGCAGCAUAAUUGGGAAGAAGGGAGAGACUGUAAAGAGAAUCCGGGAGCAGAGCAGUGCCCGGAUCACCAUCUCUGAGGGCUCCUGCCCCGAGCGCAUCACCACCAUCACUGGGUCUACAGCAGCCGUCUUCCAUGCAGUCUCUAUGAUUGCUUUCAAGCUAGAUGAGGACCUUUGUGCUGCUCCUGCAAAUGGUGGGAAUGUCUCUAGACCUCCAGUGACCCUGCGCCUUGUCAUCCCUGCCAGCCAGUGUGGCUCACUGAUUGGGAAGGCUGGCACCAAGAUCAAAGAGAUCCGAGAGACUACAGGUGCCCAGGUGCAGGUAGCAGGGGACCUGCUCCCCAACUCCACAGAGCGUGCUGUCACUGUAUCUGGGGUGCCUGAUGCCAUCAUCCUGUGUGUGCGCCAGAUCUGCGCUGUUAUCCUGGAGUCCCCACCCAAAGGAGCCACUAUCCCAUAUCAUCCGAGCCUCUCCCUAGGUACAGUCCUUCUCUCUGCUAACCAGGGUUUCUCUGUCCAGGGUCAGUAUGGGACUGUGACCCCAGCUGAGGUCACCAAGCUCCAGCAGCUCUCAGGCCAUGCAGUCCCCUUUGCCUCACCCAGUGUGGUGCCAGGACUGGAUCCUGGUGCACAGACCAGCUCGCAGGAAUUCUUGGUUCCCAAUGAUCUGAUUGGCUGUGUGAUCGGGCGCCAGGGCAGCAAGAUCAGUGAGAUCCGGCAAAUGUCAGGGGCACAUAUUAAGAUUGGGAACCAAGCGGAGGGUGCUGGUGAGCGGCACGUGACCAUCACUGGUUCGCCGGUCUCCAUUGCCCUGGCCCAGUACCUCAUCACUGCCUGUCUAGAGACGGCCAAGUCUACCUCUGGGGGGACACCCAGCUCAGCUCCCGCAGACCUGCCCGCCCCCUUCUCGCCACCCCUUACAGCCUUGCCCACGGCUCCCCCAGGCCUGCUGGGCACACCCUAUGCCAUCUCCCUCUCCAACUUCAUCGGCCUCAAGCCUGUGCCCUUCUUGGCUCUACCACCUGCUUCACCAGGGCCACCACCAGGCUUGGCGGCCUAUACUGCCAAGAUGGCAGCGGCCAAUGGAAGCAAGAAAGCUGAGCGGCAGAAAUUCUCCCCCUACUGAAGCCAGCUGAGGCACAUGCAGGGGCAGGCAGGACCGCCGGCAGGGGGCUGCCUCCACACCCUACCUGCUCACGGAGACUCCACCCUGGGGUCCCAAAUGCCGCUAAUGUCCAGAAGCAUGGAUGCACCCCCUACCCUGCCCCCAUCUAUGGGAGUUUCUCCUCUCAGAGUGUGGGCAGUUUUUGGCCCAGGGUUCUAGGAGCUGCAGCAGCCCCAGGGCAGGUGCCCCACCCCUCAGCUCUGUGCUUGGAUGCAGGGUGCAGCCAGGAGCCUCCCUAGUGCCCCACCAUGGGGGGUCACUCAUGUACUCCCCAUAUCUUAGGGCUUCUGGCCUACUGUCCUUGUGGGAGUCAGAAGGGGGUCUUGGGGGUGGCUGGGGCCACACUUCUCUCCCCACCUCCUGCAGACUCCUGCUGCUUCCAUUGGUACUUUUUUGACUGGAAUGGACUGACUGGGCAUGUCAGGGAGCACCCCAAAGAGGGGGCACUGCCGGGUACCUGGGGGAGUGGCAUGGGGUCAGGGGCCCAGUUCUCAGCAGCAGACACUGUACAGUUUUUUCAAUCCCUGUUUUUGAAUAAAUAUUCUCAGCGACCAGGAAA